AUGGAUGCGCCUCAAUCGCCACUUAUCGCUCUUCACAACCACCGUAAAACACUUCCCCCUCCACUACUUCCUGUCAACCCAGGCGCACGCUUCGACCGCGAAACACAUUCACUUCUUGCCAGUGCCUCGCUCGCUCUCACUCCUCCUCCCGCGACUUUCCCCUACAACCACAAGGCGCGCGCCUCUUGCACGACAACGCCCCCCCUCGACCUCACUCUUCCUGUCCCAAGGAGCCCUACCGCUGCGGCCUAUACCGAUGUCACACGCCGAGGCUCCUUCCCCAGAAAAUUCAAGAGCCUUCGGGAAAAGAAUGGCAGCGAGCGUCGUAGCAAGUCCUCGGAACCUGGCCAAAGGGUGCGCCCUCUUUCCACCGAAGCCUUCCUAUCACUCUUCAAGCCUGAUUCCUCCAAACAUGCUGCAAAGUCCGAGGAGGAGAAGGAGAGCGCAAAGAUCGACGAUGUGCUGGCCCAGCUCGAGGACUCAAACAUGCACCACAUCCCAAGAGAACAUGUGCGGUUUGCUCUCUCUUCGCAGUAUGCCGAGGGCAGUGUGUCAAAGGCCGUCGAGGUCCUCAAGCUUCAGCAGCAGGCCUUCUCAGGCAUCAUCCUACCAUACCAGCCCAAUGUUGCCAUGGUAGGCGCUGAGAACAGGUGCAACGUCACUUGUUACUUGGACUCGUUACUGUUCGCCAUGUUUGCCAAGCUCGAGGCUUUCGAAUGCAUGCUGAAGAACGAUUCCAAAGAGCAAACUCAACAGCAGUUGGCUGCGUUGUUGCGACUGUAUGUCAACAUGUUGCGGAGCGGGAAAAUGAUCCAUGCAGAUCUGGUUAGUAUUGUCACGGAAUGGCGACUGUUCACAUGCGACAUUGUAGCUGAUGCCGUCCAGAUUGAACGCAUCCAGAAUGCUUUGGCAGCCUGCGGAUGGAAGGAUGCCCAGCUGCUUGAACAGCAGGACACCUCGGAGGCCUUCGCUUUUAUCACCGAGACCUUGCAACUACCCCUUCUCACGCUCCAGGUUGACUUGUUCCAUCAAGGCAAGCACGACGACGACGAUCACAAGGUCGUGUAUGAGCGUCUGCUCAACCUUGCUGUCCCUCCCGACCCUGAAGGGAAAGGAAUCAAAUUGGAGGACUGUCUAGAAGACUACUUCAAUACAAGGGUCGACGUUUCACGAGACAGCCUCGACGAGAAGCCUGCAGACGCGCUUGCCGAGCACCACGAGAAUAUACUGCAUCUCGUUAGUAGGGCAGAAGACCCUGAAGCUGCUGACCAUCUCGGCCCCCCACCUCCGCGAAGACGCUGGACCUUGGCUGAACCUGCAUCGGAGAGCUCGUCCUCGGAGCAUCGACCAGCGAACCGACACCGGUCCACGAGCAUUAUCCAGCGGAUUGUUAUAGAUGAAGAAGGCAAAAAGGGCCACGUUGAAGAGGAUCCUGCAACUCUGCUCCAGAAAGUGAAACGUCAAGGCUCCACAGUUGUCAAGGCAGUCACAAUACCUGCCUGGCAGUUCUUCAAGCUGAUCCCGUGGCACUCUACAUCGCAUAGCGAGCCCCGGAGCGACGUCGAGGUUGUGAGGCAUCUGAACCAAAAGCCAGUGGUCGGUAUAUGUCUCAAACGAUACAUGAUGACCGAGUCUGGCCAGCCAAAGAGACAUAACACCUUCAUCGAUAUCCCUGACAGCUUGCGGCUCCCGCAUUUCAUGAUGGUUGACGACCUGAAGAUCAACGAGUCAAACGAGCUCAACACAGAGUACAAACUCGUCCUUCAAUCUGUCGUAUGCCAUAGAGGAGAUUCGCUACACAGUGGGCACUACAUUGCAUUUGCGAGAGUGAAUCCGAAGCUCUUGACGGAUAAUAGGAGACAUCAAGCUGACCCGCCCCCCGAUUACGAGGAUGCGCAAUGGGUCAAGUUUGACGAUCUAAUGGUGGAGCAGAGAGUCACCUUCGUAGAUGAUAUCCGGCAGGCCCUGAAGGAGGAAAUGCCAUACUUGUUGUUCUACCAAAUCUUGCCUAUGGUAGACAUAACAACGACGUCGACCGAAGACGACAAUGAUAACGAGCCCCCGUCAUACGAUGAUUCGACACUCCAUGUCAAUGGGGCACAGUCGCCAAUACCAGAUUCGGAAUCCCGAGCCCUGUCUCGGCGUACUAGCGGCUACUUCGAUAACACAGCGCUGACAAACUCGACUGUACCCAGUGUUCGCUUCUCGGCCGAACUGGAGCGACCAUCUCGAUUGAGCGUCGACGAGGAGCCGUACGCAGCAGCGACGCAUCUGAAAGCGGGUACCUCGAGAAGAGGCAGCCUGGCAGUCUCCGAGCCGUACGGUAUUAGCCCUGCCGUCACUCCGGAGUCACGGUCGCCGGCACUCACGCCCAGCGAGGAGACCACAGCGCAGAGGCUGUCCAGAGCUGCCGCCAAGUUUGCCAAGCCCAACAACAGGAGCCGCCCAGGCAGUCAAGCCGGCGAAGGCCGCAUAAGCCUGACCAUGUCUCGCAUUGGUGGCCUUAUGCGCUCAAGCAAGGAUCCACUGCGCGUGUCUGAAGAUGGCGCGGAGACCAUCGCGACCAUCGCGACCACGGCGACCGAUGUGUCCAAUGCGCCCAUCACAGCGGUGGCGUCUGAGCCACUCUUGUCCGCCAUGGCGGACGAGAAGGAGGAGAAGCACCACCAUCAUCACUACCACCGCCCGCAUCGGAGUAAGGGCAAGAACCGUACUGGGGACAAGACCAAGGAGAAAGACAAGGCCGGCGUGCCGGAGCGAGAGUGCGUGGUUAUGUAG